GACUGAUGACGUCAUAUAGAUUUGAUUGGCAACACCUGCGCUUGUUGAUCAGCGGCGCCACGUGCGCACUGUUGGAACUUCCCCGUGGCACAUUUCCCUUUAGAGUUUUCGGCCCGGCUCCCCCCACCACCUGUUUGUUUUGAAUGAAUGUAAAGCUAAUGUUGAUGUCACUUACCCCUCGUUCUUUUCGUCCUGUACUGUUGCUGCUGCUGCUGCUGGUCGGCAGCAGCUGCCCGCCGCCGGUUCGGUGCUCCCUGAACGGGUUGAGCCAGUACGCCUAUGGCACCAUCUUCUCCCCGCUGUUCAAAGCUCUCUCCGAGCACGGGGGCUCCAGGGGGAGCCCGGCCUCCGUGAAAAAGAUCAAACCUGAGCCCAAGUACGUCAAGUAUUUGGCGGACGUGUUCAAGAGAGCGUCCGGAGCUCAAAGGAGUCUCGAAGGGGGCGCAGUCUACAACGUGCUCAGGCUCAUCAAGCCGCAGGAGCAUUGUUCGGAGAAAGAGCGUUUCACAUCGGAUCUAUCCUACAGCCUUUAUCGAGUUCGAGAAAAGGAACAGCUCAUGAAAGUGAUGCUGCUUUACAGUUACACUCGCAUGAACUCCGUGUGCUUCCUGAGUAUCAAGGAACAGGAGCGCUCGAAUAAAUGCCCGCUGUGUCCCGGCGUCCGCCAAGCCGUAAACUUCACGGCCCCGGAUGGCUCGGGAAGGGGAAACUGGGUGGAAGUUGACAUCACUCCGCUGCUUCUGCCGCCUUCGAAAUUCCCAAAGGAAAAUGUCCACCUGCAAAUCAAUGUCAUGUGCCCCGAGGAGCAAACAGCUGGGAACAAAGGCCAUUUGCAGUUCACCGUGGGGUCUCCUCCAAUACUGCUUUACCUUCAUGACGGCAGCAAAGUCUCACGCAAGACAUUGCCGUCCGUUGCUGCAAACACGCUUAAUAAGCAGAUGGUUCUCAAAACCCAUCAACAAGUGCUUGGAGCCAAGAGACGGGAAAGGAGGGAGUCGGCGAAGAGCAAAGGAAGCGAUAAAAGCCCGGACGUCCUGCCGGAGCUUCUUUCGGGCUCGGAAUAUCCAACUAUUUAUUGCGCCUUGCAUGAUUUCAGAGUGCGAUUCAGCCAGCUCAAACUGGAUCACCGGAUUGUUUUCCCACCCAAAUAUAACCCCAGGUACUGUAGAGGCAUCUGCCCGCGGACCAUUGGCUUCAUCUAUGGUUCACCGGUCCACACCAUGGUACAAAACUUCAUAUACGAGAAGCUGGACUCUUCUGUACCGAGGCCCUCGUGCAUUCCCUCCCAUUACAAACCCCUGAGCGUCAUGAUCUUCGAAGAAGACGGCUCCUACGCUUACAAAGAGUUUGAAGACAUGGUGGCAACCAGGUGUACUUGCCGCUAAAAUGUUAAAAACAACCACAAAAAAAGUCACUUUAAAAUGAAAAUAUUACCAUAAACCUUUGGGGCACUAUUCAAACAUAAAAUGUUCUGACCAGGCUCUGUGAUUUCAUCAAGGUUUAAAAUUGUUGUGCAUACAUGUUUUGAUCUGGAGCAGGUGUGCUAACUUAAUGUAUUUUAACAUUGGGGAAAAGUGUCACUUUUUUUUUUUUUUUUUGAUGCCUUAUCAGAAAAGAUGCAAUUUCAUCCUGUUUCACCUUUGCAUUAGAAUAGUGAUCUGGAACAAGAUGAAAAAAUGUGUACUAGAUUUUUUUUUUUCCAUUUUAAGUUUUUGUUAAGUUAUGUGUGGGUAGUUUAUUUAAUUUAACACAGUAAAUAUUCACCCUGUUCUGGACCAAACGGCAAAAAUCAGUCACAACAUCUUAAACCUUUUACAUAUUGUUUUAUUCCUGGGCAUUAGAGAGUUGUCCGGAGUGGCGGCUGUCUUCAAAAUGUCCAGAAUGAAAGCUGUUAAGGUGUCCGUGUGUAUUUAUUACUUCUGGUCACUAAGUGACUGCAUACCUAUGAAUUUAUACUGGCUAAAUGUGACUUCAUGCAUGCCUUGUGUAUUUAUGCAAAAUGUGACUUCACUGUGUGUCUGUGUUCAGCUUCAAAAUAAUUCAUACUGAUUAUGUCAAUGUUCUCUGAAUUGUUGGGGAAAUAAAUGACAGCAUGUGUACA